GGCUCAGCAGACGGCCCUCAAGAUGGCGGCGCAGGCCACACCUCCACCCCUCCCCCCCCCCCCCGGUGCUCGAUCACGUGACGGUAGUGGGGGCUGCUGGGGGAAAGGCACUUUGAAUCCAAUCCCUGUGGAGCAUGGCGGCUGCUACACUGGGUGAGCAAGCUCCCGGACGCGAGGAAGAAGAGGAGGAAGAAGAGGAGGAGCAAUUGGUCAUGGUGGAAUUAUCAGGAAUUAUAGAUUCAGAGUUUUUAACAAGAUGUGGAAACAAAUGCAAGAUUUUGGGCAUUGACACGGAAAGACCUAUUCUUCAAGUAGACAGCUAUGUCUUUGCUGGGGAAUAUGAAGAUACUCUUGGGACCUGUGUUGUGUUCGAAGAAAAUACAGAUCAGGUUGAUGCAGAAGGUAACCAUAAAACAGAGCUGAAAUAUAAGUGCCACACAAUGAAGAAACUGAGUAUGACAAGAACACUUCUGACUGAGAAGAAGGAGGGAGAAGAAAACAUAGGUGGUGUGGAAUGGCUGCAGAUCAAGGACAAUGAUUUUUCAUAUAGACCCAACAUGAUUUGUAGCUUUGCUCAUCAGAAGGAAGAUGAGGAAGUUGCAGCCCAAGCCCCAGACAAAACUUUGGAAAUGGAAGAGCAGGAGAUGCAAGCCAAAGAGAACACAGGCAUGGGCAGUGAACUGGAAAAAUCAGACCACUUGGAAAUGGAGGAUGCUGGUCCUCUUCUUGAUAGCCCUUCUUCUGAGACAGAAGAUUCGACUUCUAUGGACACUCAGGAGCCUGCCUUAGAAGCCGCUGCUAGGUGACAUCAUUCUUGUAGGUUCUAGGCAAUGGGCACAACUGGAAUUCUGAUUUUGGAGAAGUGAAUGUAUAGCUUACAUUUAUUCAUGGAUUCCAUGACUAUUAUCCAUACGCAUAAUAUAGCUGCAUGUAUUUGGAUAAGUCAGGACCCAGCACUAACCAGAUAGUUUAAAAAAUUUUUUUUAUUCCUCUCCUUCAGAUUCUCUAAAUUAGAGAUUUUAGCUGAAGUGGGUAUUGUAUGUAGGUAAAGGCAUUAUUUUUGGGGGGCUUAAAGGAUUUCUGGGAGCUUGAGUAGAGGAAUCCUGAGUAAAACAUAGCUACAUAUUCAAACCUUUCCUCUAAGAGGAUAACUAGGAAAUUCUAGUAGUUACUAGAAAACAUUGUUUGGUCCUGCUCUCUCCUCUGUACCAUGAUUCCAUUCUAUCUCGGAAUGAUUGGCAGAAAUUUAAUUUUUAAUUUUCAGAAUUAUUACAGACUUCUGAUUCUAUAACAUUGGGCUUAUAUACCUUAUUCCUAUAGUGUGAGGAACUAUAGAGGAUCAUUUUUUGUAAGGUUGUAUAACAAACCAUUCCAGAUAAGCAAAAGUCAGAUGAAUGAGGUGGUAAUGUAGUCUGUUUACAUGAAAAUGGAGUAAUAAAUACCGUGGAGAACAUGGAUGCAUUUUAUCUUCUCAUUUGUUUAUAACAAUAUUUGUAUAUAGUAAAAUAAAGUCUUAUUUUUCAGAAAUUUUUUAA